GACGAGAGAAGCGGACUGAUUUCCUCUACUAUGGAUGGAAAUAUCUACGAUCAGUUUGGGGAGGCCAUUGACAGAAGGCUUGGAAGAGUGAGGGCUGAAGCCCAACGAAGAGCGGCAGCGGGGCCACCGCCCCCUGCCAUGUUCAGGCUAUGGCAGGAAAAGGAGGAACCACCGUUUAGGGUGGAAGAAGUGGGAAGCGAUGAGGAAGUGACUCAAGGGCUACGAGGAGGAAGUGAGACGGAAGAGACCAUAAUCAUCGAGUCAGAUGACGAGGAUGAGGAGGAAAGAACGGAGCCUCCGUCCACCUUAUUUGAGAAGAUGGAGGACUUGCUGGAUAAGAUGGGGAGGUACCAACAGAAGUUGGUAGGCCUCUGUAAAGAAGUGAAAGGAUGGAGGUCUAACAUCCCCACAAUAUUCCUCUAUGACUCCGGCCCGGAGUCAACACCUGGGCGACCCGAAGUAAAUAUGGUGGGGUCGUGCCCACAAUCAGGAAUGAGGGGGAGACCCCUCACUCCGCAGGCCCGGCUGGCACAGGUAGCGCGAACGAGGAAUCAAGCCAAGGCCAGUACCAGUCAAGAGCCUUCAAGGAGGGAACACGAACCAGGGAAAAGGAAAGAAGCUGUGGAAGUAGAGGAUAACGAUGAUGAAGAGGAAGAGGAUGAGAGGCUGCGCAGAGAAGAGGAUCAGAGAGCGGAGCAGCGGGCAAGGAAAAAGGGGACCAGGGGAGAGGCCGAACCGGAAGGGGAGGCGGUGGAGAAUACGCCCCCAGUUGAUGGAUUUCUGGAUCAGGAAGAAGAUGUUCGUCUCCAUAUCAAUAAGUGGUCGCCGCGAGUGCCCAGCUGUGUAGGCUAUCCUAUUUGGCAAGCGCCGAGCGGAUAUGAAAGGAGAAUCGAGCUGGUCCUCAAACCCUUUAAAGAAGAGGAUCCCUGGGGCGGUAGGGAUGUUCAGUGGAUGAUGGAAUUAGCGCUGACCAGCUCGCAUAGCCUGGUGGAGGAUAUGAGGACGAUUGAGGAAGGACCUGGCCAGGUAGAACGGCAUGAGGACCUGAUGGGAGGAAUGUAUCUCCUCGUCAAUACGUUAUUGCAGGAAAGUCUAGACCAGUCAGGCUCGUUGAACCCGGCAGGGAAUGUGGACGAAAUACCCGAGAGUCAGGACGACGAGUUCGAAGAAGGAGAAAUUAAAGAAGCUUUUCGUGCAGAGGAGUACGACGGGAUCUACCUAGAGCUGGGGCUUCUUCUGUCAUGUGAAAUGCGGCUAAGAGAUGCGAGCGAUAAGAGUCAAAGGAUGCUGCAGCGCUAUUUAGUGCGAGACGGUCACCUUUUCGUGAGAAGGGAAGUGGGGAAUCCCAGGAGAGUCGUCUGCAGUAGGAAUCGUCAGAUCGACGUCGUAGUAGCGCUUCACGAUAGUAUUGCAGGAGGACAUCGAGGGGUACAAGCCACGUAUGCCAAGAUAAGUGAGCUGUACUAUUGGGAUGGGAUGAUGGAUAUGGUCGGAAAGUCUGACUUUACGAAGACAGCCAUGCCAAGAGGAGGGAAGGGGACACGACCGCCUCAGAGGCCGUUGGGCGCAUCAGGAGGAUAUGAGCGGCAUGGGCCUCGCCAUCGAGAGAGUACUCCAGUCUACAAUGAUGGGUACAUCGAGCUAUUCCUGGAUAGUUUCUGGGAGCAUGCGAGGCGUAUGGGCUGGACCGUCGCUCAGGCGAUUGAGAGAUUGAGGGGAGCAGGUAGGUUCAAAGAGCCCAUUGCCAGGAUUCAUAGGGAGGCGACGACGAGGCAGGAGGUGGAGAUGAGGAUGGAGGGGUUGCGACCCUUGCCUGUGGGACCUGAUGGCAGGCCGAUCCGCCUGGAGAUUGGAAAUGCGUCGGACUUCAUCCCCGCGUUUGAGUGGUUCAUGCAAGAGCAGGGCGUACAGAGAGAUGAUUGGAUGCAGACAUUACCACUCUGGACCAGGAAGGCGGAAAGGCCACUGGCUAUGCAGAUCAGGGACAUGGCACGAGAUUGGGAAAGCUGCAGGGCACAUUUGAGAGAGGCCUUUCGACGGCCAGAGCUCCCUCAGCCCAGAGUCAAGAGGCGGCAGAGAAGUCAGAGGCCGAGGGACCCUGAGCCCAGGGAGGCGAGACCAACUCGAGGAGGACGGAAGGCCCUAGCCAGGAGAGAGCAGGAGCCAGAGAACGAGGAGCGAGGGGCAUACCCUGAGUGUGGGUUGGGGCCAGUGGAGUUCCAUCGUUUUACUGAGGGUGGAUUGAGGAGGUCGCCAACACACACACGGAGGGAGCCACCAGCGUCAGAGGGGCCCUUGAGGGAAUUGGAGAUGCAUUUAGAUAUUUCUCGGUGGAGGGCGUCGCUUCAGGGUGAGGGGCAUGGAGAGCAGGCAGAGGAGGUGUCACGAGAGGAGGUGCCACAGGGGGAGAUACCACGAGAGGAAAUGCCACGGGAGGAGGUAUCACAGGAAGAGGUCCGGGGUACUCAGCGAGAGAGAGGGCCGGGCGAUGAGAGGAGACGUGCAGGGAAGGAAGUGAUAGAGGUUGAAGAGGACAUGCCCCCACAGACGCCAGCAGUGGGUUUGAGACUCAGGGAUGCACCAGGGACUCAUGCCCUGGAGCACCCAGACCUAGAGGAGCCAGCACCUGCAGAGCCACGCCAGGAGUUAUGCCAGCCCGAGAAGGAGAUGGAAGCAGAGAUCCCAAAGAGGGUCGACCUCCGCACGAGGGAAAGGGCCUCAGCUGGAGAGACGGCUGAAGAAAAGAGGGCAAGAAGAACUAGACGGAUAGAUGAGAUAUGGCAGGAGAGACAGAGGUUGGAGGCAGCGGGGGAGCUCCCGGAGCAGCAACAGGAGAGGCAGAGAUCGGAGGCGGCAGGAGCACUCCUGGGUCAGCCACCCAGCGCGCCAGCCAAGGCCCCGGAGAUUCCUGAGAUGUGGAGAGACUUCUGGGAGCAGAAAGGAGAGGAGCUUCCAUCGUCAGUCAGAGCCGGGUUUGGGGUGGCCAGGAAGGCGAAAGAGAGGUUAGAUCGUAAAAUCAAGUUCCUGGCCAAGACCACUUUUGACCGGCACUUAUUAUUGGAGGGCGAUCUAACAAGGACGAAGAUGAAGGAAGCAAACCAUGGAGUACGCCUGGAGGCUAUGGAGAUGGAAAUUCAGGAACUCAAGACCUUGGUGGCCAGCCAGGCAGCAAUCAUCGAGAGCCUGAGGCAGUAAACCCAAGGAAGGGUGGACAGGCCAGAGAGCAGCAGGCAGGGAGAGCAGAGACAGCCUAGACAGGGAUUGCCAUGACAGCC